GUUUGGUAGAAUAAGCGACGCCUUCCAGACGCCAGUACGGUGCCGGUCGUCAUCGAGAAAAGUCCUUUGUCUCCGCCUUUCACGUCGCCUUUAAAACAACUUCCAACAUGGUUCGCUGGCUGCCUCUGGAAUCCAACCCCGCGGUGAUGAACAAGUUCAUGACCGGCCUGGGCGUUCCCGGGGCGUGGGCGUGCACCGACGUCUACGGGCUGGACGAGGAGCUGCUGGCCAUGGUGCCCCAGCCCGUGCUGUCGCUCAUCCUCCUGCACCCCAUCAACGACAAGGAGGAAGAGUUUAAGGCCCAGGAGGAGGAGAAGAUCGACGCCGACGGCCAGGAGGUGUCAGACAACCUGUACUUCAUGAAGCAGUGCGUCGGGAAUGCGUGCGGCACCGUGGCUCUCAUCCACGCCAUCGCCAACAACCAGGGGAAGAUUGAGUUGGAGGACGGCCCCCUGAAGGAGUUCCUGGAGAAGACCAAAGACAUGGCCCCCGACGAGAAGGGCACGGCGCUCGAGAAUGACGAAGGCAUCUCCAAGGCGCACGAGGAGUCUGCGCAGGAGGGGCAGACCGAGGCUCCCGACCGCGAUACCAAGCUAGACAUGCACUUCGUUGCUUUUGUGGAAGUCGAUGGUAAUCUCUAUGAAUUAGAUGGCCGCAAGAAGUUCCCAAUUAACCACGGCUCCACUUCAUCAGACACACUCCUUAAGGAUGCUGCCAGCGCCUGCCGCAAGUUCAUCGAGCGAGACCCUGAGGAGGCCCGCUUCGCCCUCGUCGCCCUCGCCUCCUCGGCCGAGUAGAAGGGACCAGGAGUUGAAGCGAAACUCUUUUUUUGUUCUCUCUUCCUCUCCUGAAACUGCUUCCUCCCAACGAACCUGUCUCUCCACUAGACCGUCGAAGAAAGAAACACCUUUGUUAAUUUAAUUAAAUUUUUAUUAGUAUUGUAAUUGUGUUGGAUUCUGAUGGGGUUACAUUUCAUUUUUUUUCUUUGCACAGUUUUGUAUGUUUUUCAAAUACAGUUCCACCACCAGCCAUUAUCUUUCUCUUUAGUUUUGGAACAAGUUGUAAAGGGAUGGGGAGAGGGAGAGGGAGCCUUCUAAUCUCGAUGAGCCACAGUUAUUGCAGUCAGUUCUAAACAUGCUAGUCAAGUAGUAGAAAAGCUGGAAAGAUAUUUUGGUGAGUGGGGAAAAAAGUGGGCAAGAUAAAGCCAUUCAAUUUUCUCCAUCUUCUGUUUUUGAUUUAUAAGGUGUCAACAUACACUUUUUUGUACACCAAUAAAGAAUGGUCACAUAUAUCCAAUUACUUCAACCUUUUUUUCGUACUGAUUAUCAUUUUUUGAUAAUACGAGAGUGUACAGAGUAGCACAUCUAUUUUUUAGGAAAUCAUGAGCUCGGACGGGUAACAGUUUCAAAAGAGCAAUGCGUUUUCCCUCCCUCCUUUGCUCUGGUAAUGAGGCUAGAUUUGGUGCCUGUCACUGUGAUAAGAAUUUAUGUUGCAGACUGCUGCUUGGCUGUGCGUUCCUUCUGUAUGUGUUUAGCUGUAAGAUAUAUCUGUAUUGCAGAAGUUUACACUUUCAAAUUUCGUGCAUAAUUAUAACCCCCCCAGAAUGAGACCAUGAUUAUUCUCUGGUCAAUAUUUUUUCCCUUUUGGCACUUCUUUAAGAGAAAAAUAAUGUGGAAAAAAAAUUAUCCAUCCCGAAUAAGGUUUUUCUUAACCACACACAGCAACAUAUCAGUGAAGUACCUUGUGCUCUUUUAAGUUGGAAACAAGAAUAGCUAAUGUUGUAAACAUUCCUUAAGAUAAAGUAAAGAAAAAUUAACAAACUUCUCGUUAUGUUACCCAUUUACAGUAGCUGUGGGCGAUCAAAGAAAGUGAUACAUCAAUAUAUGUUUGCUCUUAUGUGAAACACCCAGGCAUAGCACUUUGGGGAGGGGAACUUUUAAGACGAUUCGGGGAAACUAGUGUCAUUCUUAUAAAUAAAUUGCCAGUAAUACAUGUUUUAAGAUCCUUAAGAACAUCAAUGUAUAUUUUCCCAUUUUUCAAGAAAUAUUACGUGGAUUUUUUUGCAUCCUCUUUCCUCCUUCCUAAUUAGAGGAAGCGUCUACUGUUGUAUGGGAGCAAGUAAAUCAUCUUACCCAUUUUUAGAUGGAAAUUAUCUUUGUAUUUAAUUCAAAUAAAUGACACGUAAUUCUUUUUAAGAAAUAACUCCAUUUUCAUGUUUAUUUAAGUGUUCUCUUGUACAGAGUGUGAAGUCUGCAAGUGAUUUUUCCCCUUACGCUACAACUAUCAGAAUUUGCACAUACAUGUGAUGGUGCCUUCGUUCUGUUCCUGUAAACUGGUCUCAAUUCAGCAUAGCAUCACACCCACGGCAUUACUCUUAGAAGGAAAAAAAAAAAAUGGCAUCUUUUGAGUAUAUUUGUGUGCACAUGGCAGCAAUAUUACUGUGUUGUGCUCGGCUUGUAAUUUCAAGCUUGAAUUAAAAUAACUGGAGAUCCAA